GCGGAUUGUACGUGUUGUGACUCCCUUAAGCUGACGGCACCAGUUCAGCUCUCGCCUCGCAGCUGCCUGUCGCCCUCCAAGAGCCGCAGAUCGUCAUCAUGCCCGCAAUUCUUCUCGGAGACGUGUUCCCCAACUUCGAGGCCAACACCACCGCCGGCAGGAUCAAAUUCCACGACUUCCUGGGUGACUCAUGGGGCGUCCUCUUCUCCCACCCGAAAGACUUCACUCCUGUCUGCACCACAGAGCUCUCCCGUGCUGCCAAACUCGUGCCUGAGUUCGAGAAACGGGGCGUAAAGAUGAUCGCCCUGUCUGUGGACAGCGUUCAAGACCACUGCAGCUGGAGCAAGGAUGUGAUGUUUUAUGGUGGCGAGGCUUCAACCCCGCUGCCUUUUCCCAUCAUCGCGGAUGAAGAGAGAGAGCUGGCGGUCCAGCUGGGCAUGCUGGACCCGGAUGAACUGGACAAGGAUGGAGUCGCCCUGACCGCUCGCUGUGUGUUUGUCAUCGGCCCUGACAAGAAGAUGAAGCUGUCCAUCCUUUACCCCGCCACCACCGGAAGAAACUUCGACGAGUUGCUCCGUGUCAUCGACUCCCUGCAGCUCACUGCUAAGAACAAGGUUGCCACACCUGUGGACUGGAAGGAGGGGGACGAAGUCAUGGUCAUUCCCUCUCUUAGUGACGGUGAAGCUGCCGUCCUCUUCCCCAAUGGAGUCACCACGAAAGAAAUGCCAAGUGGGAAGAAGUACUUGCGCACCACCAAACUCUGAAGACCUCUCUAGUUCUGCAGGCCGAGAAUGAAGCACUUGUCUAGAUCGGACUCAUAUGAUGUCUACUUUUCUAGCUGUACUACACAUUGAAGAACGUAAUGUUGGGUCAGUGCCUUGUUUACCUUCCAACAAUAAACAAACUUUUCAGUGGUCGA